AUGAACUCGUUUGUAAAUGCAAACUUUAUCCUCCGUGGAGACUUUAAUCUACCUAACAUUUAUUGGUCCAAUGACAGUCAUGGUCUAGUCAACAAUGUUUUUAAUACUCAUGGUUCUUUGUUAGAUUUAAUUUUUGUUAAUAGUAAUCAUAUACAAAUUAAUUCUGUUUCUGAUCCAUUGGUUCCAGAAGAUAAAUAUCACCCAUCACUGUCUAUUGACAUUAUUUUAACUUCUAAUCUACCUUCAUAUAAUACAUCUAAAUCAUUUUAUAAUUUUCACAAAGCUGAUUACUCACGUAUCAAAGAAUUUUUAAGCUCUUUUAAUUGGAGUGAAACUUUUCUUAAUCUUGAUGCUAACUUAGCUAUGUCUACUUUUUAUGAUGCUUUACAUUUUUCUAUUCUGAAAUGGGUUCCUCAUGUUAAUUACACUAAGUCUAAUUUUCCUUCUUGGUUUUCCAAGGACCUAAUUGAUUUAGUUUUCUUAAAGAGAAGAGCCCAUGCAAUCUUUAAGUCUUCUCGUAACCCUCUCAACUAUCGUGAAUUUUCUUUGCUCCGUGCUAAGUAUAAACUAAUGUCAAAAAACUGUUAUAAAAAGUUUAUUGAACGUACUGAAUCACAACUCUGUGCUAAUCCCAAAGUAUUUUGGAAAUUUAUAAAGAAAAAUAAAUCAAGCAAUGACAUACCUAAAACAGUUCAUUUUAAUGAUAUAACUAGCUCUAAUGAUAAAGAAGUUUCAGAUUUGUUCGCUAAGCAAAAUUGCUUUUUUGAAUUAUCUUUGAUUGAGUCAGGUUUAUCUAAAUUGAGUGGUGACAAGUCAAUUGGUCCUGAUGGACUUUCUGGUGAAUUUUCGUAUAUGUUAAAAUCAGUAUUAUCCUACCCAUUGUCACUUUUGUUUCGUAAAUCCUUAGAUGAAGGAAUAUAUCCUGAUAUUUUAAAACUUAGCACUGUAAAACCUAUUUAUAAAUCGGGUGAUAAGUCGAAUGUUGCCAACUAUCGUCCAAUCUCAUUAUUAGGACAUAUAGCUAAAUUAUUUGACUCUUUAGUCUUAAACUCAAUUAGUCCUGCUGUUAAUUCAAUCCUAAUCGAUGAACAACACGGUUUCCGUCCUGGCCGGUCAACUAACACUUGUAACAUUGUGUUUUCUAGUUAUGUAUUUGAUGCAUUUAACAAUCGUUCACAGGUUGAUGUUAUAUAUAUGGAUUUUUCCAAAGCUUUUGAUCGAGUUGAUCAUACAUUACUAAUUGAGGUUUUGCUUAAUUCUAGGUUUGGUGAACCAUUGUUGUCUUGGUUUCAGUCGUAUCUUCGAGAUCGUAAGCAAAUUGUUGAUGUUCAUGGUAGUAAGUCUGUUAUAAUUGAUGCAACUUCUGGUGUUCCUCAAGGAGGAAUUAAUUCAAGGAGUCUUUAA